AUGAAUAACAAUAUUGAAGGUUCAUCAAAUUUAUCAUCUUCAAGCUCUGAUGAUGAUAACUAUGCAGAAAGUUUUAGUGCAAGGCAACAACUGAUCGCUCAGAGAAGAGAUGGGCUUGGAAGACUUGGUUUGUCAAGCUUGCAAAAAAUAACAACUGCAUUUCGGAUAUUAGCAUACGGUGUACCAGUAGAUGCUACUGAUGAGUACAUUAAAAUAAGGGAAUCAACUGCUAUUGAAAGUGUGAAACGAUUUUGUCAUGCUGUUGUUGAAGUUUUUGGAGGGCAGUACCUACGAUCUCCAAAUGCUCACGAUGUUGCUAGGUUACUUCAUAUUGGUGAACUACGAGGUAUUACAAUUCCUGCUCAUUAUGUCAUUCAAGGAAAAGAGUACAAUAUGGGUUACUAUUUAGCUGAUGAUGAAUGUGAUUUAAAUGCACUAAUCGUGGAACACUUUGAGGUGCCAACUCCAGAUGUUGAGCCCGCAAGAGAUGAUGGUACUCGAUUUGAAGAGUUUCUAGCUCGAUACAGACAAAUCAAAGACAAAGAAGCUCAUAUUACCCUUCGAAAUGCAUUAAUUGAGCAUUUAUGGGAACAAUAUAGUAAUUCUGAAAGUUAA